AUGAGUACGGCACAAGGAAGUAGUGCACAUAAUGAAGAAGAGAGCAGUGUUGCAGAGAUGAGUGAGCAACAGAAAAGAGCUGAACUCAGGGAACGAUUUUUACGAAUGAUUUCAUCUUUUGGUGGCAAACAAGUAACGAUCGAAAUGCUCGAAAAUACGAAGGUGAGCGGUANGUUUGUAGUGAUGAAGGAGGAUGGCUCACAUUACGGAGUGGAUGCGUUGAAGACACCGAUUGGCGUUGUGGAGCAUUCGAUUGUGCGAAUGUUAGAUACCGUUUGUAUCAGUGCUGAAUCGAGUGAGGUGUUUUGUGAUCAGUCGGACGAUCGAACGGCCUAA